AUGAAGUCUAACGUAGCAUGUAAUGUAACUGUUUUCCAAGAGCCCGGAAAGCUGUUGGCAUUGGAAGUUCCCCCUGAGUUAAUGGACGGAGAAAUAAAAUCUUGCUCAGGCAACAGGGGGUGCAUUGAGGACCGGGGCUGGAGGCAGCUGCUGCCAGGCCCGCCCCAGGUCACUGGGCCUUCGCCUGAGCUCUUGGCCUGGCUUGAGCCCAUCACACUCACCUUCACAAUCCAUGUGGGCAAAAAGUCAUGGGCCUUCUGGCUGCCUUAUUCCAGGGAUGCAUGGGAUCCUGGAAGAGGAGGCCUGUUUCCUGCCAUUCUCAAUCUUGCCAGCAACGCUGACAUCAGUACCAAUGCCACCUGUGGCGAGAAGGGGCCCGAGAUGUUCUGCAAACUUGUGGAGCAUGUGCCGGGUCGGCCCGUCCGAAACCCACAGUGCCGGAUCUGUGAUGGCAACAGUGCGAACCCCAGAGAACGCCAUCCAAUAUCACAUGCCAUAGAUGGCACCAAUAACUGGUGGCAAAGUCCCAGCAUUCAGAAUGGGAGAGAGUAUCACUGGGUCACAAUCACUCUGGACCUAAGACAGGUCUUUCAAGUUGCAUAUGUCAUCAUUAAAGCUGCCAAUGCCCCUCGGCCCGGAAACUGGAUUUUGGAGCGUUCUCUAGACGGCACCACGUUCAGCCCCUGGCAGUAUUAUGCAGUCAGCGACUCAGAGUGUUUGUCUCGUUACAAUAUAACUCCAAGACGAGGGCCGCCCACCUACAGGGCUGAUGAUGAAGUGAUCUGCACCUCCUAUUAUUCCAGAUUGGUACCACUUGAGCAUGGAGAGAUUCAUACAUCACUCAUCAAUGGCAGACCAAGUGCUGACGAUCUUUCACCCAAGUUGUUGGAAUUCACUUCUGCACGAUAUAUUCGCCUUCGCUUACAACGCAUUAGAACGCUCAAUGCAGAUCUCAUGACCCUUAGCCACCGGGAACCUAAAGACCUGGAUCCUAUUGUUACCAGACGCUAUUAUUAUUCAAUAAAGGACAUUUCUGUUGGAGGCAUGUGUAUCUGCUAUGGUCAUGCUAGUAGCUGUCCAUGGGAUGAAACUACAAAGAAACUGCAGUGUCAGUGUGAGCAUAAUACUUGCGGGGAGAGCUGUAACAGGUGCUGUCCUGGGUACCAUCAGCAGCCCUGGAGGCCUGGAACCGUGUCCUCUGGGAAUACAUGUGAAGCAUGUAAUUGUCACAAUAAAGCCAAAGACUGUUACUAUGAUGAAAGUGUUGCAAAGCAGAAGAAAAGUUUGAAUACUGCUGGACAGUUCAGAGGAGGAGGGGUUUGCACAAACUGCUUGCAGAACACCAUGGGAAUCAACUGUGAGACCUGUAUUGAUGGAUAUUAUAGACCACACAAAGUGUCUCCUUAUGAGGAUGAGCCUUGCCGCCCCUGUGACUGUGACCCUGUGGGGUCCCUCAGUUCUGUCUGUGUUAAGGAUGAGCUUCAUUCUGACUUACGCAAUGGGAAGGGGCCGGGUCAGUGCCCAUGUAAGGAAGGCUAUGCAGGAGAAAAAUGUGAUCGCUGCCAACUUGGCUAUAAGGAUUACCCGGCCUGUGUCUCCUGUGGGUGCAACCCAGUGGGCAGUGCCAGUGACGAGCCCUGCACAGGGCCCUGUGUUUGUAAGGAAAAUGUUGAGGGGAAAGCCUGCGAUCGCUGCAAGCCAGGAUUCUAUAACCUGAAGGAGAAAAACCCCCAGGGCUGCUCCGAGUGCUUCUGCUUUGGCGUUUCCGAUGUCUGCAGCAGCCUCUCUUGGCCUGUUGGUCAGGUAAGCAAUAUGUCGGGGUGGCUGGUCACCGACUUGAUCAGUCCCAGGAGGAUUCCGUCUCAGCAAGAUGCACUGGGCGGGCGCCACCAGGUCAGCAUCAACAACACCGCGGUCAUGCAGAGGCUGGCUCCCAAGUACUACUGGGCGGCCCCCGAGGCCUACCUUGGAAAUAAGCUGACUGCAUUUGGUGGAUUCCUGAAAUACACGGUGUCUUACGAUAUUCCAGUAGAGACGGUAGACAGUAACCUCAUGUCGCAUGCUGAUGUCAUCAUUAAGGGUGAUGGUCUCGAUCUCCUGACCUCGUGAUCCACCCGCCUCGGCCUCCCAAAGUGCUGGGAUUACAGGUGUGAGCCACCGCACCCGGCUAGAUUUAAAUCUUUUAGGAGCCCGUCUUCCCUGAGAUGUGAGGUAUAUUUGCGAGCGUGUGAGUCACAUAACAAUCUGUCUGUUUGCAGGUUACAGUCCGUCUCUCUGGACAUAGCCAGCCCUAAUGCCAUCGACCUGGCAGUGGCCGCCGAUGUGGAGCACUGUGAAUGUCCGCAAGGCUACACAGGGACCUCCUGUGAGUCGUGCCUCUCUGGCUAUUACCGCGUGGAUGGAAUACUCUUCGGAGGCAUUUGUCAACCCUGUGAAUGCCGCGGCCACGCAGCUGAGUGCGACGUUCACGGCAUUUGCAUUGCGUGUGCGCACAACACCACCGGCGACCACUGCGAGCGGUGCUUGCCCGGCUUCUACGGGGAGCCUUCCCGAGGGACUCCCGGGGACUGCCAGCCCUGCGCCUGCCCUCUCACCAUAGCCUCCAACAAUUUCAGCCCCACCUGCCACCUCAAUGAUGGGGAUGAGGUGGUCUGCGACCAGUGUGCCCCGGGAUACUCAGGAGCUUGGUGUGAGAGAUGUGCAGAUGGUUACUAUGGAAACCCAACAGUGCCUGGCGAAUCUUGUGUUCCCUGUGACUGCAGCGGCAACGUGGACCCCUCGGAGGCUGGUCACUGUGACUCGGUCACCGGGGAGUGCCUGAAGUGCCUGGGGAACACAGACGGCGCCCACUGUGAAAGGUGUGCUGACGGCUUCUACGGGGACGCUGUGACAGCCAAGAACUGCCGUGCCUGCAGAUGCCAUGCGAAAGGCUCCCAUUCUGCCGUGUGCCAUCUUGAGACCGGGCUCUGCGACUGCAAACCAAACGUGACUGGACAGCAGUGUGACCAGUGUUUGCAUGGCCAUUAUGGGCUGGACUCAGGCCAUGGCUGCCGGCCCUGCAACUGCAGCGUGGCAGGCUCCGUGUCAGAUGACUGCACGGAUGAAGGCCAGUGUCACUGCGUCCCAGGUGUGGCAGGGAAAAGGUGUGACAGGUGUGCCCGUGGCUUCUACGCCUACCAGGAUGGCAGCUGUACACCCUGUGACUGCCCACACACUCAGAAUACCUGCGACCCAGAAACUGGAGAGUGUGUCUGCCCCCCUCACACACAGGGUGUGAGGUGUGAAGAAUGUGAGGAUGGGCACUGGGGCUACGAUAUGGAGGUGGGGUGCCAGGCCUGCAACUGCAGUUUCAUGGGGUCGACUCAUCAUCAGUGUGACGUGGUCACUGGCCAUUGCCAGUGCAAGUGGAAAUUUGGUGGCCGGGCCUGUGAUCAGUGCUCCUUGGGUUACAGAGACUUCCCCCACUGUGUUCCCUGUGACUGUGACCUGAGGGGGACGUCGGGGGAUGCCUGCAACCUGGAGCAGGGUCUCUGCGGCUGUGCAGAGGAAACUGGGGCCUGCCCUUGCAAGGAGAAUGUCUCCGGCCCUCAGUGCAACGAGUGUCGGGAGGGUAGCUUUGCUCUCAGUGCAGACAACGCCCUGGGCUGCAGCCCCUGCUUCUGCUCCGGGCUGUCCCACCUCUGCUCGGAGCUGGAGGGCUACGUGAGGACCCCAGUAACGCUGGGCUCCGAUCAGCCUCUUCUGCGUGUGGUUUCUCAGAGUAACCUGAGGGGCACGACCGAGGGGGUUUACUACCAGGCCCCGGACUUCCUGCUGGAUGCCGCCACCGUCCGGCAGCACGUCCACGCGGAGCCGUUUUACUGGCGGCUGCCGCGGCAGUUCCAGGGAGCCCAGCUCAUGGCCUAUGGUGGCAAACUGAAGUACAGCGUGGCCUUCUAUUCUUUGGACGGCGUCGGCACCUCCAAUUUUGAGCCUCAAGUUCUCAUCAAAGGUGGUCGGACCAGAAAGCAAGUCAUUUACAUGGAUGCACCAGCGCCAGAGAAUGGAGUGAGGCAGGAACAAGAAGUAGCAAUGAGAGAGCAUUUUUGGAAAUAUUUUAACUCUGUCUCGGAAAAACCUGUCACGCGAGAGGAUUUUAUGUCUGUCCUUAGCAACAUUGAGUACAUCCUCAUCAAGGCAUCAUAUGGUCAAGGAUUACAGCAGAGCAGAAUCUCAGACAUUUCAAUGGAGGUUGGCAGAAAGGCUGAAAAGCCGCACCCAGAAGAAGAGGUUGCAUCUCUUUUAGAGAACUGUGUCUGUCCUCCUGGCACUGUGGGAUUCUCGUGUCAGGACUGUGCCCCUGGAUACCACAGAGGGAAGCUCCCAGCAGGGAGUGGCAGGGGACCGCGCCCUCUGGUUGCUCCUUGUGUGCCCUGCAGUUGCAACAACCAUAGUGACACCUGUGACCCUGACACCGGGAAGUGUCUGAACUGCGGCGAUAACACAGCAGGUGACCAUUGCGAUGUGUGUGCUUCUGGCUACUAUGGGAAGGUGACUGGCUCAGCAAGUGACUGUGCUCUGUGUGUCUGUCCUCACGGCCCCCCUGCCAGUUUUAGUCCCACUUGUGUCUUGGAAGGUGACCACGAUUUCCGUUGUGACGCCUGUCUCCUGGGCUAUGAAGGCCAACAUUGUGAAAGGUGCUCCUUGGGCUAUUAUGGGAACCCUCAAACACUAGGUGGCAGUUGCCAGAAGUGUGACUGCAACCCGCACGGCUCUGUCCAUGGCGACUGUGACCGCACAUCUGGGCAGUGCGUUUGCAGGCUGGGGGCCUCGGGGCUCCGGUGCGAUGAGUGUGAACCGAGGCACAUUCUGAUGGAAACGGAUUGUGUUUCCUGUGAUGAUGAAUGUGUAGGUGUGCUGCUGAAUGACUUGGAUGAGAUUGGUGAUGCCAUUCUUUCUCUGAACCUCACUGGCAUUAUCCCUGUCCCAUAUGGAAUUUUGUCAAACCUGGAAAAUACAACUAAAUAUCUCCAGGAAUCUUUAUUAAGAGAAAAUAUGCAAAAGGACCUGGGAAGAAUUAAGCUUGAAGGUGUUGCAGAAGAAACGGACAACCUGCAAAAGAAGCUCACUAGAAUGUUAGCAAGUACCCAAAAGGUGAAUAGGGCAACUGAGAGAAUCUUCAAGGAGAGUCGAGACCUGGCCAUAGCUAUUGAGAGGCUGCGGAUGAACAUCACAGAAAUUAUUGAAAAGACAACUUUAAAUCAGACUUUGGAUGAAGAUUUCCUGCUACUCAAUUCUACACUUCAGAGCAUGCAACAGAAUGGGACAUCUUUGCUGGAAGUCAUGCAGAGAAGAGACUUCACACAGUUGCACCAAAAUGCCACUCUUGAACUCAAGGCUGCUGAAGAUUUAUUGUCACAAAUUCAGGAAAAUUACCAAAAGCCGCUGGAAGAAUUGGAGGUAUUGAAAGAAGCAACAAGCCACUUCCUUUCAAAGCACAACAGUGAACUAAAGGCGGCUGAGGUGCUUGUGAGGGAAGCCGAGGCAAAGACCCAGGAAAGCAACCACCUGCUGUUCAUGGUCAAUGCUAACCUGAGAGAAUUCAGUGAUAAAAAGCUACAUGUUCAAGAAGAACAAAAUCUGACCUCAGAGCUCAUCGCCCAAGGACAAGGACUGAUAGAUACUGCUGCUGCACAAACAGAUGCUGUGCAAGAUGCUCUAGAGCACUUAGAGCAUCACCAGGAUACGCUACUUUUAUGGUCUGCCAAAAUCAGGCACCACGUAGAUGACCUGGUCAUGCACAUGUCCCAAAGGAACGCACUCGACCUGGUCUACAGCGCUGAGGACCAUGCCGCUGAGUUCCAGAGACUGGCAGAUGUUCUGGACAGUGGCCUUGAAAAUGUCAGAAAUGUGUCCCUGAAUGCCACCAGUGCAGCCUAUGUCCAUUACAACAUCCAGAACCUGAUCGAAGAAUCGGAGGAACUGGCCAAAGAUGCUCACAGGACUGUGACUGAGAUGAGCCUGCUCUCAGAAUCCCUUGUUUCUAAUGGGAAAGCGGCCGUGCAGCGCAGCUCCAGAUUUCUAAAUGAAGGCGACAACCUCAGCAGGAAGCUUCCAGUUAUUGCAUUGGAACUGAGUGAACUGAGAAAUAAGACAAACAGAUUUCAAGAGAAUGCUGGUGAAAUUACCAGGCAGACCAAUGAAUCAGUCUUGAUACUCAGAGCAAUUCCUGAAGAUACAAGAGACAAAGGAGCCAAAACCAAAGAGCUGGCCACGUCUGCAAGCCAGAGCGCGGUGAGCACGCUGAGGGACGUGGCAGGGCUGAGCCAGGAGCUGCUGAGCACAUCUGCCAGCCUGUCCAGGGUCAACAUCACAUUACAAGAGACGCACCAGCUUCUGCAGGACUCCACCAUGGCCACUCUGUUGGCUGGAAGAAAAGUCAAAGACGUGGAAACUCAAGCCAACCUUUUGUUUGAUCGGUUGAAGCCUUUGAAGAUGUUAGAAGAGAAUCUGAGCAGAAACCUAUCAGAAAUUAAACUGCUCAUCAGCCAGGCCCGGAAACAAGCAGCUUCUAUUAAAGUCGCCGUGUCUGCAGACAGAGAUUGCAUCCGGGCCUACCAGCCUCAGAUUUCCUCUACUAACUACAACACCUUAACACUAAAUGUUAAGACACAGGAACCCGACAAUCUUCUCUUCUACCUCGGUAGCAGCACCUCUUCUGAUUUCCUUGCAGUGGAGAUGCGGCGAGGGAAAGUGGCCUUCCUGUGGGACCUGGGAUGUAUGUGCGCCAACUGGAAAUUCUGAAAGUUCCUUUUGCAAUUCUUUGUGACCCUUAGAUUUGGAAACAUUGGUUCACUGAGUGUAAAGGAAAUGAGCUCAAAUCAAAAGCCACCAGCAAAAACAAGUAAAUCCCCUGGGACAGCUAAUGUUCUGGAUGUAAACAAUUCAACACUCAUGUUUGUUGGAGGUCUUGGAGGACAAAUCAAGAAAUCGCCUGCUGUGAAGGUUACUCAUUUUAAAGGCUGCUUGGGAGAGGCCUUCCUGAAUGGAAAAUCCAUCGGCCUAUGGAACUAUAUCGAAAGGGAAGGCAAGUGCCACGGGUGCUUCGGAAGCUCCCAGAAUGAAGACCCUUCCUUCCAUUUUGACGGGAGUGGGUACUCUGUCGUGGAGAAGUCACUUCCGGCUACCGUGACCCAGAUAAUCAUGCUUUUUAAUACCUUUUCACCUAAUGGACUUCUUCUCUACCUGGGUUCAUACGGCAUAAGAGACUUUUUAUCCAUCGAGCUGUUCCAUGGCAGAGUGAAGGUUACGACAGACCUGGGUUCAGGACCCCUUACCCUUUUGACAGCCAGACGUUAUAACAAUGGAACCUGGUACAAAAUUGCCUUCCAGCGAAACCGGAAGCAAGGAGUCCUAGCAGUUAACGAUGCCUAUAACACCAGUAAUAAAGAAACCAAGCAGGGCGAGACUCCGGGAGCGUCUUCUGACCUCAACCGUCUAGACAAGGAUCCGAUUUAUGUGGGUGGAUUACCAAGGUCAAGAGUUGUAAGGAGAGGUGUCACCGCCAAAAGCUUUGUGGGCUGCAUCAAGAACCUGGAAAUAUCCAGAUCAACCUUCGACUUACUCAGAAAUUCCUAUGGAGUGAGAAAAGGCUGCUCACUGGAGCCCAUCCGGAGUGUUAGCUUCUUGAAAGGCGGCUACAUUGAAUUGCCACCCAAGUCUUUGUCACCAGAAUCAGAAUGGCUGGUAACAUUUGCCACCAAGAACAGCAGUGGCAUCAUCCUGGCUGCCCUCGGCGGGGAUGCGGAGAAGCAGCGCGAUCGUGAGGAGUCACACGUGCCCUUCUUUUCCAUCAUGCUGAUUGGAGGCAACAUCGAGGUACAUGUCAAUCCUGGGGAUGGCACAGGCCUGAGAAAAGCUCUCCUGCACGCUCCCACGGGUACAUGCAGCGACGGACAAGCCCAUUCCAUCUCCUUGGUCAGGAAUCGGAGAAUUAUCACUGUCCAAUUGGAUGAGAACAAUCCUGUGGAAAUGAAGUUGGGCCCAUUAGUAGAAAGCAGGACGAUAAAUAUGUCCAAUCUGUAUGUCGGGGGAAUUCCAGAGGGAGAGGGGACAUCGCUGCUCACAACGAGAAGAUCGUUCCAUGGCUGUAUCAAAGACCUGAUCUUUAAUUUGGAACUUUUGGAUUUCAACAGCGCAGUUGGCCAUGAGCAAGUCGACUUGGACACCUGCUGGCUGUCAGAAAGGCCUAAGCCGGCUCCCGAUGCAGAGGACAGCGAGCUCUUGCCAGAGCCCCGGGCUUUUCCAGAACAGUGUGUGGAGGAUGCAGCUCUGGAGUACGUUCCCGGCGCCCACCAGUUUGGUCUCUCACAAAACAGCCAUUUCCUGUUGCCUUUUAACCAGUCGGCUGUCAGAAAGAGGCUCUCGGUUGAGCUGAGUAUCCGCACGUUCGCCUCCAGCGGCCUGAUUUACUACGUGGCUCAUCAGAACCAAGCAGACUACGCCGUGCUCCAGCUGCACGGGGGCCGCCUCCACUUCAUGUUUGACCUUGGCAAAGGCAGAACAAAGGUCUCUCACCCCGCACUGCUCAGCGAUGGCAAGUGGCACACGGUCAAGACAGACUAUGUUAAAAGAAAAGGCUUAAUAACGGUUGACGGCCAAGAGUCCCCCAUGGUGACCGUGGUGGGAGACGGAACCACGCUGGAUGUGGAGGGUUUGUUCUACCUAGGAGGCCUGCCCUCCCAGUACCGGGCCAGGAAAAUUGGAAAUAUCACCCACAGCAUCCCUGCCUGCAUUGGGGAUGUGACGGUUAACAGCAAACAGCUGGACAAGGACAGCCCGGUGUCCACCUUCACGGUGAACAGGUGCUACGUGGCGGCCCAGGAGGGGACGUUCUUUGAUGGAAGUGGAUACGCAGCUCUUGUCAAAGAGGGCUACAAAGUCCAGACAGAUGUGAACAUCACACUGGAGUUUCGAACCUCCUCGCAGAAUGGUGUCCUCCUGGGGAUCAGCACUGCCAAAGUGGAUGCCAUUGGACUAGAGCUUGUGGACGGCAAGGUCUUGUUCCAUGUCAACAAUGGUGCUGGCAGGAUAACAGCCACGUAUGAGCCCAAAACCGCCACUGCGCUCUGUGAUGGAAAAUGGCACACGCUUCAAGCUAACAAAAGCAAACACCGUAUCACUCUGAUUGUCGAUGGGAAUGCAGUUGGCGCUGAAAGUCCACACACCCGGUCUACCUCGGUGGACACCAACAAUCCCAUUUAUGUUGGUGGCUAUCCUGCUGGCGUGAAGCAAAAAUGCCUGAGCAGCCAGACCUCGUUCCGCGGGUGUUUGAGGAAGCUAGCGCUGAUUAAGAGGCCGCAGGUGCAAUCCGUUGACUUCAGCAGAGCGUUUGAACGGCCCGGAGUUUUCCUUCAUUCCUGUCCUGGGACGGAGUCCUGAACUUCAAGCAGAAUCCGCAGUUGGAGUAAUUGCUAGUAUUUUGAAAAGAAGUGUUUGUGUGAAUUAAGAAUCUCCUCAGUUCAUAUUUCAUUUCCAACUCAGGUUAAGUGUUUCUGGGGAGAGAUGUUGUGUUUAUGUUACACUAAAACCACAUGUGCAACAAAUACCUCCAUUAAAUGGUCUAAAAUG